AUGAGCGAGUCCGUGCUUGUUUCGCGUAUCGACGCGUCCGACGAAAGCCUAACGCGAAUGCAAUGCAAUGCAAUGCAAUGCGAUACAAUAAUCCCACGACGCAACGAUAUACCACUGAGCGCCACCUACCAAACCGCAACACCCCGCCCAAUAACCCACGCAUUUGACCCAGCCACACCACCAUCACCACCUACACCCACUGCAUUCAGCUUCCUACACCCAUCCAACCUCACCCACCCCGACUACAAGCACACCAUCACCAUCACCCCACCCGAUCUCAAAGUCCCCUGGCCAACCUCCCUCCCCUGCGCCCUUCAAUCCCGCUACUGGCGCGAAGCCGAACACGCAGCAACAGACUAUCUACAUACCAUCUUCUCAUCAUCUCAUCCCAACACCCAGCCCGAAGAGAAAUACAUCACCGCCAUAUCCGACGCAGCAGUCUCCUACGCCAUCAACCUCCUCCCACUAGGCGACUUAGCCCGCACAAAGCUCCUCACUAGAGCCCUCGUCCUCGCAUUCCUCCACGAUGACACAGCCGAUAAACCAAACGGAGAUAGAAACUCUCAUCUUCUCAUUCCCACACCAGAAACCAAUACCCCAGACCCAAAAACCACAGCAUUUACACUCCUCUCCCAGGACAUCCUAGCCGAGUCUCCAUCCCAGGGACACACCCUCCUCCAAGGCAUUCUCUCCUGGGGUUCUACAUCCCAACACAAACAACCAACAGCAUUUACCUCAUUAGAGACAUACAUCCCCCCCGCACUAUCGGAUUUCGGAGCGGGGCUUAUUCUCCGCACCGUUGAAUUCUCACUCAACCUUCCCCCUUUUUCCCCAAAGGAGAGAGAAAAAAUUAGGGUGUUGGAAGAUCUCUGUGCGCGACAUAUGCUCCUCACUAAUGAUUUGUAUUCGUAUGCUAAGGAGGUGAUUGCCGAGGCGGGGGGUGGGGAGAAGGUAUUGAAUGCGGUGAGGGUGGUGAAGGAAUCCAUGGGUGUUAGUGAUGAAUUAGCGAAGAGGAUGGUGAGGAUGGUUAUUUGGGAUUUGGAGGGGAGGAUGGAUGGGGAGUAUAUACGGCUGGAAAGGGGACACGGGAUAAGUGAGGCGGGGUUGAGGUAUGCGCGCGCGAUGAUUGUUGCGGCAGCAGGGAAUAUGUUUUUUUCGGCGACCUGUGGGAGAUAUGCCCGUGUUGUCGAGGGGUCGAAGUUGUAGUUAUUCUGUGGUUAUGGUUUAUGU